AUGUUUCUUUUGAAUCAAUCCACUUGUCUCGGUGGUCGUCGAGACGCCAUCCGAAAAGCAGCGUUAGGAUAUCUGCGAACCUAUCGCUACCUGAUUCAACACGAGUCUGACUUCCGCAUCGCGAAGCAGGACCACCUCUGCCUUGUUCCCCAUGGUGUGGGUUGGGUGGCCUUCUGUCGCUUUAUUUCUGCCUUGGACCAGAUCAAGGACGCCAACGUGUCGGGCCGAUAUCGCUAUGGAGAGCUGAGGCUUUCCCGCCUGAACUUCUACGCGCCAUUCUUCCUCCGCAAAUUCCACUUUGAACAAAUCCAUGGCCAAUAUGGAGAUUAUUUCGCGAGGCUCUAUGGGCCCAUUCUCUUCAUCUUUGCUAUAGUCUCGACUAUAUUAAAUUCUAUGCAGGUUGGGCUAGCGGUUGAUCAGGUUGCCACGACACAUUGGCUCUCGUUAUGGCCUGCCUUUCGUUCUUUUAGUGCCGUUGUACUAAUUGGGGCGGCACUUCUAUCACUCUGCUUUAUUAUUCUUUGGUUGUGGCUUUUUCUAAAUGAGUGGGUAUAUGCUAUAAGAGUUCGUAGACAAAAGAAACGGGAUCAAAAAUCAAUUCAGUGCUAAGGAGUAAGAAGUAGAAAUCUCCAUGUAAGGUUAUAUAAUCUACCCAUUUUGCUUUCUUGGCUUGCAUAAAACAUUCCACUCCUUCAUAAAAAUGGUGCAUUAAUUUUGUUAUAUAAUCCAGCAUCAAGCUGAGGGUUGCAUGCUAGGGUAUUACUAUUUCAGCCGCACGAGGCUGUGAUGAAAAUAAGACGUUGAUAAGAACAGCUCAUGUACGCUUUUAGUCUUUGACUUCAAUCUCUCAACCAUCGACAUCCAAGAUGGUAUUUGCCCGUAAUGCCCUAUUAGCGUUCUACACUAACAGUAAAUAAGGUCCGGCCCGUGGAAGAUGCGAUCGGCUUGACAGUUCUCCGCGACCCGCUCGCACAACCGAUAGUGGGACCUCAAGCACAGGCCGUUGACGUUGAGCACGUCCUCCCUAAACUUGUCUCCUUAGUUGUCUCUAACUAGGUUUACAGUAUUGUCGCAAUCCAUGGCAUUGGUGCCCACCCUGGUGAUACCUGGUGUAAGAAUGUCGGCACACCAGACGCGCCAUGCUACGUGAACUGGCUUACCCACGAGGGCAUGUUACCACAAGCCGCCCCAAAUGCCCGGAUACUGCGAUAUGGGUACGAAUCUGAGUGGUUUGGAGAGAAUGCAAUUUCCCAGAAGACGACGACUGUUGCAGAUCGGCUCCUUCUCACCUUAAGACGUGAAAGAAAGGUAAGUAGCUCAGCUUAGGUUGAUCUAAUCGCUAAAACAAUAUAUUGUAGGAGUUUCCCCUUCGCCCAUUGAUAAUGAUAGCGCAUUGCUUUGGCGGACUAGUAGUCUUAAAGGUUGGUCCUGUAGACCCUCUUAUUGCCUUUAACGAACACUAGUAGGCUCUCCUCAAAGCGCAAUACUAUAAAGAUGAGUGGCCGGGUAUAUUUGAGUCUACCACUGGGCUCGUGUUCUUCGGCACACCAUUCAGAGGAUCGGAGGGCAUGAAACAGAGUGAGAUGCUUGAAGCGGCACAGAGGGAAUACAACGAGGAUCAAAUCCAGACAGAAGUGCUACGGGUACUUGAACCAGGGAACGAGUUCCUUCAAGACCUUGUUGAUAGCUUCUGCAAGACACGGUCACAAGCAAACAAGGCACGAGUCACCUGUUUCUUCGAGAUGAAAGCAAGCAAUGUUGGAGCUGUUGUUGGCGGACAAGGACGAAUAGUAUGUCAAGUUCAUAUUUACUGUCAAGUUGCUAACAAUUUGUUAGAGAUUUGUGGUGGAUGAGAGCUCAGGCUGUCUUGACCCCUCAGAGUCAACUAAAAAUUACUCCCUCUCCCGAACCCACUUUCAUAUGAACAAAUUUGGGAAGCCGACAGAAGAAGACUUCUUAACUGUGUCCGAGGUAAUUCAGGAUAUGGUUAAGGUAGCUCCUCAACUAGUCAUAGCACGAGCUAAAUGUGAAUAUACCCCCUUGUUUCUUGAACACUAUAUAUAGUAAAGAAUAGGGUCUUAAUUGUUAAUCCUCAACCUUAGUAGCCAACAAAAAACACCAGGUUCCUUUUUCUCUCAAAGGCGUCCCGUCAGUAAGUCACUUUGUUGGACGUGAAAGUGAGAUAAAGCUACUCGAGGACUCUGUUCUUCCUGCUCCUUCAAGACCUCGGCGCAAAGUCUACGUAAUUCACGGCUUAGGUGGAAUAGGAAAGACACAGCUCGCGAUUGAGUUUGCCCGGAAGCAUCACCAGAGGUAUAACGCCGUGUUCUGGCUCAAUGGGUCAUCGAGGGACAGUUUGUGUCAGUCACUAGUCGAUAUCGCACGCAAGCUGCCACGAGAUGAAUUGACAGCGGAUAUAGCGCAAGAGCUUUCAAAUCCAAAGAUUGACGUUGAAGCUGUGAUAAGGGGCGUACAUCAAUGGCUGUCGCUCCCCUCAAAUCGACAGUGGCUUCUUAUCUUCGAUAACAUCGACCGCGACCAUACAAAUGGCCAAGAUCUACAAUCAUACGACGUAAAGGAUUUUUUCCCUGAUGCAGACCAUGGAUCAAUCAUCAUCACAAGUCGGUUGUCCAAUCUUCAAAGAUAUGGAAGGGGCUUUAAGCUAAGCAUUGUUGACGAUGAAGAAGCGAUGACUAUCUUAGAGAAUAACGCAGAUCGAUUACUUCAAGGUAAGUAA